AUGUCACGAUCACGAAAAAUAUUGGACAUGCUUAUAGUCGAUGGAGAAAAGCCUGAGCUUAAUUCAUCAAUUUCUAAUAUUCCUGCUGUUUAUACAAAGAAAAGUGUAAAAACUGUUAUGAAUGUUGAUGACAACGGCAUGACACAACAAACAUCACCUUUGCCUUCCGGUGCAGAAGAAAUCAGUCAGAAACUAGCUGAUGUAUGGGAAGAAGUUCUGCAUGAAGAUGGUGGGCCCAAUGAAAUCACCUGCGACAGCUCAAUACUGAAUGUCAUGUCUGAUCCGUCUGCUAAUGAUGUUUACAGCAAUCAACCCAGUACGUUUUCCUUGGAAGUGCCUUCUAGUUUCGAAAAUUCACCAUUAAUACAGCUUGAUGAGCUGUUAGAAGUUUCUGACCACAGUUCUACCCCCGGUUAA